AUGAGCUCUCAGAGAGCAUCACUCGACAAUGCGGUUCCACGUAAUCUUGCUUGUGGCGACCGUCGCUCUGGGGAAUCCAGCAGUAGGAGAGCAGCAAAGUUUAGUACAGAUUCUUCUACCAUUCGGGUGAAGCGAUCGGUUCAGCACGAAUUCCAACAUGUGGUUGCCAUCGGAUGGAACACUUCCAAGGGAAACGAGUACGGCUGCGGCGGAUCGUUGAUAACACCAAAGUUCGUGCUGACCGUAGCUCACUGUGCCGCGGAUGGAGAUGCAAAAGUACCAACUAUCGUCAAACUUGGCUUGAAAGAGCAAGGAAGGACGGAUGAUUCUUCGUUGAGUCAAGUACUCAACAUCGAAUCGUUUCGAUCGCAUCCCCAGUUUCGCUUCAGCAAAAAGUACUACGAUAUCGCGUUAAUUGAGCUUGAGAGGGAGGUCGAGUUCAACGAUGCGAUCUGCACGGCUUGUCUGUGGUUGGAGGACAACACUCCGGAAGAGGCUAUGAGUGCAAUUGGCUUUGUAUCACCUGGAUUUAGUCCCAACUUUGAUCCAAUCUUGCGGAACGUCACUCUGAAGGAAAUCAGUGGGAAGGAGUGUGGAGAAAUCCUGCCCCUGUCGGGUCGGACACUGCCGGAUGGACUGGUUAAGGAACAGUUUUGCGCUGGAAGUGACGAUCAAGACACGUGUGAGGGUGAUUCUGGAAGUCCACUUCAGGUGAAACGUGCUGGGAUCAACGGUGAUAUGAUCCCAUUGAUCGUAGGACUUGUAUCGUUUGGAACACCUUGUAUCGAGGGAUCAGUUGGAGUGUACACCAGAGUGUCUCCUUAUAAGGAUUGGAUCGAAAAGGUUACUGGCCAAUCGUUUGAUUACGGAGCAUGUGCAAGAAGAUACAUACAAGAUACAUCGCUACAUAGAUUGGAUCGAAAGUAUAACCCAUUAGAGAAUCUAAAUAAAUCAACUUAAUGCCUUUAUUCAAAGCUUAACCACGA